AAACAGAAGCAACAGCGCACCGCCGAAACCUCCCCCACCGUCUCGUCGUCGCAUCUCGCACAGUCGCACGGUCGCCCCUCCUCCGCUCUUCCCUGAUGGAUCCCAAGGCGGCGGCGAAGUCGAAGCGCUCGCACACGGUGCACGGCCGCCGUGCCCACCAGACCCCCGCCGCGGCGGCAGCGCACAGGCAGAAGCGCGCCGCCGCCGCCGCCACCUCUUCUGGCCCCCGCAGCCGAAACCUCCCCUCGAACUGGGACCGCUACGACGACGAGGGCGAGGCGGAGGAGCCUGCAGCCGCCCCGGAAUGGACCGGCGAGGUGGCUCCGCGCAGCAAGGGCGCCGACUUCGGAUUCCUGCUAGAGCAGGCGCGAGCGCAGCCCCGCGAGGCCCGUGGCCUCAGGGCGCCGUGGCUCCCCUCCCAGGAUUUGCCAUUUGAUUUUAUGCAGGCCUCCACAUCUAUGUUCGAAGCUAAAGGUGAAGGGAUCUUGUCCUGGUGCGCUGAUGAUAACUUCAUAUUAGAGGAUGAUUUAGCACCGGAUUUCGAGGUGCCUUUUCUCUCAAUGGAUUUGCAUGCAUUGGCUAACCAGCUUUCGAAGCUUAAGCUUUCACAGAGACUUUUUGUAGAAGAAGAUAUACUACCUGCGGAUCUGGCUGAUGUAUCAGAAGACAAUGAAAUACUGAUUGAAUGUGGCACCUCUGUGGAAAGUGAUCCCAAAGGAAGUUCGGUUGGGGAUAACUUGAACUUUGAGCUAAGGAAAGAUGCAAGUCAUCAUGAGUAUGCUGGCAACACCUAUUCUGAUGUUCAAAUGAAAUCAGAAUGUCAGUCCCAAUGUUUUGAACAUGAAGCUACAACAUCACCCAAGAGUAGUACUCAUUUAGUGAAUUCAGAUACUGAAGAAGAUAAGGCAUAUACAAAAAACAUGGAUACUGAUCCUAGUACAGGGCAUAGCAAAAGGUUAGAGUUUGAGGUGGGUUCUGCAGAAGAAGAACUUGACAUGCUCCUCAAUUCGUUCAGUGGAACUCACCUUUCUAGCUCCAACUUGGAUGAAUUGGUUGGACAUGAUUCAACUUCCCAAGGGACGAAGAUCAGAUGGUCAGAGAAGAAAGUUACACCUAGCAAGUCUUUCAAAUCACCUGUGCUUGCACCUGUGGAUGAUGCUCUAGAUGACUUGCUUUCAGAGACCUCCCUACCUGUACAGAAUGAAGGUUUUGCUACACAAAGUUCAACUUCCCAACCAACUGUUAAAUCUGGGCAGAACUUUGACUUCGGAUAUGCUAAGAAGAUUGAUGUGAUAUCAUCUAUUGAUGAUUCAGUGGAUAAUUUGCUUGAAGACACUCCAUCGUGCUUAAGUGAACCAAAGGAAACUACAACUGCAGGACCAAACAGCACCCCACAUGACAGUGUCCCCCCUCAUUCUGGCCCCUCAAAUGCAUCAGGUGAUUUUGAUUCAUGGUUUGAUUCCCUAUAGGGGAGAAAAAAGUUGGUGCUGUGAGGAAGUGAUGGCUGACUUCAGGAAUUCUUCUCUGUGAUGCAAAGGUCCUCUGUACCUUUCUUUAUUCACUCCAUUAUUGAAUCUAACUGGUAAACAUGUUCAGGAAGCUGUAAUCCAAAGUCCCCUUUUCUACAUGGAGGUCCACGACCACUAGGGAACUAUCUUAAUAUUAUGUUUUCAUGAGAGAAAAUGAAGUGGAUAGGGCAUUGUAUAAAAGCUAAAGAUCAUCUGUGGCUGGCUGCUGUGAAAUCUGAAGCAUUGGAUAUGUAAUGCCGUGAACUUAGCAUGUUUUUGCUGUUGUACCAUGUCUGUAAACUGUUUCAGAAGCAAGCUAAUGCACACAUUCCGCAACAGUAUACUUAAGAGCUUGUUCCGUGAUUCA